AUGGAGCUGUCCUCUGCUCUGCUCUGCCCUGCUCUGCCCUGCUCUGCCCUGCUCUGGCGCGCCUCCUGCUCUCUGCAUCCGGAUUGCACAAAAUUCGAGCCAGCUACAGAACAGCAAGACUUCGUUCUCUUCGAUCGCACUCUCGUGUGUGUCUUCCCACGCCCCUCGCCCGAUAUUGGUGGAGCAGGGGCCCCCUCUCGUGGCUCAUGCAGGCUUGCUGCGAAUGACCCUAAGGCUGUGCAGGAUGGCCAGGCAACCACUCAAGAUCCAAAGGAUCGAGCCUCUGGCUUCUUGUCUCGCCCUGCGACGGGCGCGCGAGCGAACCUUGCGAGCACACGGGAUUAUCACUUCGCCGGGGCGACUACAGUAUCACAGUUCUGCUGGCUGGUGCUUCGUAUAGGGACGGAUUUGAUUCUCAGCUCUGACGGAGCCGGCUGGUGGGCUUCACAGGGCGACUGCCUGCACCCCUUGGCGAUAUAUGGCAAAGUAUUCUGCUUUCUCGGCCCUCACUUCCCUGAUACGCUUCAAUUCAGCCGUUGCCAUUGGGGUAGGUGUUGCCAGGUUGUCAGCUUGCUAGCUUGCCCGAGAACCGACUUGAGUUCUUCCGCCAGUGUGCGUGCUGCCUCCAAAGGAUCAAUAUUCUGCGAGGCAAAAUUGCGAACCAUGAUUGCACACCACCUUCACGGUGCCCGGCCAGAGAGAGCACAAGAUGUCUCUCCUUCCCUUCUGCCUCACCGAGCUUCGAGAAACCGGACCGCCGGCCUUCUACGCACGUCUUCCUGCAAAUCAGAAGCUCUGGGAACAGAUAACGGCUACUUCAUCUUCGACCGUUCACAGCAUGAAGCAAGAAUGGGUUUUGAUGUCGGUCACCGAAGAUCGCCCGGCUAG